AUGUUCGGCAGCAGCGACAGCUCGGGACUGUCAAGCGGCGGAGCCUCCAGUUCCUUCUCCGGCCAAGGCGCGGAGGGCGCCGUGGAGGCUCAGCAGCUCGUCAAGUUGCUCCUCAUUCAAGCGCUAAACCAGCAAGUUCACAAGACAUGCUUCAAAAAGUGCUUUCCCUCCAACAAAUUCUACAGCGAACUUUCGAAGGCCGACCACGUCUGUCUCGCCAAAUGCAUGGACCGAAUGUACGAGGCGAACGAGAUUGUGCACCAAGCCACGGUCGAGAUGAGGCAGAACUUCCCGCCUUCCGGCUCCGGCGUGUGA